CCAACAAGAAUUUUAUUUGGUUCGCGUAAACUUUCCGACACACAAUGAACGACGAGCGUAAAGAAAUAUUUUUAUCCAAAAUUUUAGUUUUUUGAAAAAUAAUAUAAUUCCUGUGAACACCGAGAAAUAUUAUCAGUCCCCCCCAAAGUUAGUACUUUUCUGAGAAGGGAAGGAAAGAUGGAAGACUUUCCUGCCACUCAGCUUGUUAGUGAUAUUCGUGGUUCAGAUGAGGAAGUAGACGAAUUUGGACCUACCCAAGCAGUCGGAGGGGGUGGGGUUCUUGUUGAUAGAGAUGGAGAGGAAGAAGAUUUAGUGGUGUCGACUGAGACUGUUGACGACGAUAAUGAUAAAGUUGACAGUGGGGAUGAGGAGGAAGUCGAUUUUGGACCGACACAGGCAAUUGGUGGGGGACAAGUUAAUGACGAUGAGGAAGAAAGUGAAGAAUUUGGACCUACUCAGGCCGUCAUUGAAAAGGUUGCACCUCAAGUUGACGAGGAAGACGAUGAAUUUGGACAGACCCAAGCUGUUGGUGAGGUUAGUCACGGCAGAGAUGAGGACGAAAAUGAAAUUGAAGAAUUUGGGCCAACCCAGGCUGUCGGUAGGGGUGAGGUUGAUGACGAAGAGGGAAUAGAAGAAUUUGGGCCAACUCAAGCGGUCGGUGGAGGUCAAGUAGUUGACGAAGUUGAUGAGUUUGGACCUACUCAAGCAGUUGGUGGCCAACCUCAAGGUGAUGAUGACGAAGAAUUUGGACAGACUCAAGCUACCGGUGGGGAUGAGGUUGAGGAGGAUGAAUUUGGACCUACCCAAGCUGUCGUUGAGGUUGGCCAAGCAGAUGAAGAAGAGUUAGUGGGGUCGACCGAUAAUACAGAUCUUGGUGAUAAAGAAAGGGGACGAUCAAGAUCUGGCUCCAGAUCCAAGUCACGAUCCCGGUCAAGAUCGAGGUCUUCUUCGAAUGAGUCGAGGGGAAGCGGAAGCCAUAUUAGUCGCCCAGUCAAGAAGCGGCGUCGGUCUGGCUCCGCAUCUUCCACAUCUUCUGCUGAAGUUGGUGAGAAAAAGAGGGGACGGUCAAGGUCUGAAUCCAGAUCAAAAUCACGUUCGCGAUCCAGAUCCAGAUCCAGGUCUUCUUCGAAUGAUUCUAGGAAGAGUGAUCGACCUAUUAAAAAGCGACGUCGUGUCGUGUCGGCUUCUUCCUCUUCGUCUGCUGAAGGUAUUGGCGAUAAAAAGAGGGCACGUUCGAGAUCUGCAUCCAGAUCCAAGUCACGCUCCCGGUCAAGAUCAAGAUCUUCUUCCAACGAUUCAAGGGGAAGUAGGGGAAGCCGUGGCAGUCGCCAAGUCAUUAAGAGGCGUCGGUCUGGAUCCGCAUCUUCCACAUCGUCUACAGAAGGGGCCUCGAAAAAAGUUGAAGAAUCCGCCGAAGCUGAUGCGAACAAGGAAGAAGGUGUUGAAGACCCGGAAGCAAAGAAAUUACUUCCUGACGUUUCAGAUUCUGACGACUCAGGUCCGGAGGAUAGCAAUCGCAAUCGUAACGAAACUUUAGAGUAUGAUUUCGAUAAUAUGAUGGCAAAGCGAAAAGCAGAAAUGUCUCGGCGACGAAAGCGACGAGAUAUUGACAUUAUCAACGACAAUGAUGACUUGAUUGCUCAAUUGCUUGGUGAAAUGAGGAAUGCUGCAGAGGAUGAUCGUGAUUCAAAUCGCGAAGGAAAGCCUGCGAUUAGAAAGACGAGCAUGCUUACCAGCGUCUUAUCCCAGCUGAAGAAACAUGAUCUACAAAUGGCCUUUUUGGAACAUAAUGUACUCACCAUUUUGACAGAUUGGUUGGCUCCGAUGCCUGAUAGGAGCCUUCCUGCUCUUCGAAUUCGUGAGUCAAUGUUGAAAUUAUUGGUUGAGUUCCCAACUAUUGACCAAGGUCUUCUCAAGCAGUCUGGAAUUGGAAAAGCUGUCAUGUACUUGUAUAAACAUCCAAAGGAAACUAAAGAUAACAAGAGAAUUGCAGGACGUCUUAUUAAUCAAUGGGCUCGUCCUAUUUUCAAACUGUCGACUGAUUUUAAAGCUUUAUCAAAAGAGGAGAGAGAACAAAGAGAUUUGGAACAAAUGCCGUCUACUCGUCGAGGCGAAACUGAAGGUUCUACUUCUCGCAGAGGACUGGGAGAUGAAAUGGGCGGAAGCGCAGAUGGCGAGAAGAAGCCAAAAAGACCUGGUGAAGAAGGAUGGGUUCCUAGAGCUCGUGUUCCACUACCUUCAACCAAGGACUAUGUAGUUCGUCCUAAAUGGAAUAGUGAAGUGGAAAUGUCAAAGCAAAACAAGAAGCAAGCAAAUCGAUUGGACAAACACGUGAGAAAUUUUAUCGAAAAGAAGAAGCAAUCCAAGACUCAACGAGCUGUACAGAUUUCAGUCGAAGGCCGCAAAAUUAUGUUAUAGUCCGAGAAGGCAAAUUAAUUCAAUCCUAGUUAAACAUUUGCCUAACGUAUUAUUUAGCGAAUUAGACCUUUCGUUAAUGCUCAUCGCAUAUACCAUAAGCGCACUUGUUUUAUGAUUCAAUGACUUGGCCACGCAUUCAACAUAGAAAUGAACCUUGAAUUUGGGUUAACUCAAAAUGUAGUAGCUAAUUAUUUAAACAAACUUUCUUCAUUUUCUGCGAAAACCUUACAAAAUAUGAAUUUAAUCCUAUGUAAUAAGUAAACAUGUUCCAAUACAUAAAUUUUUAAUAUGACAUGAAAUAAAGUGCGAUGAGAAAAUCAAACUUA